UAAGCCUAACUUUUCCCUUCCCCUGCCACAGUCUCCUCCAUCACUUCCAUUACCUUUCCCACCUGCCACAUUGUCUUUGCAGACACCUGGGCCACCCACCUGCAAGUAUUGUAAUUUACAACCAAACGCUCCUGAAGUUUGGAUGCAGGAAUGUACUUCAGGACAUGUUAUCACACUAACUGGCUGUACAGCAGCACACGUAUAUGUGAACAGCCAGGAAAGCCCUGUGGGCCAGCAUGGCCUGGAGACCAUAGAAACCCACUGCACAUUCCAGCAGUGUGGGCUCUGCUCAGGUCAAACAGCUGCUGCUGAGCUUUUCUGUGCUUUCUUCUAGAAACUCUUUCUCUUCUAACCGUUUCUGUUAUUCCCUUUUGAGGAACACAUUCAGUGCAGGUAGCUCGGAGUGCAGCUGCAGUGUCAGAUGCAGCUUGGGCUCUGGGCUGUGAGAGCCCCAGGCAAGAGGCCAAGAACUGGCACUGACCCUUUGCACAACAGAGGGCACAGGACCUGUGGCACAGCCAGGUGACCGGACACUGAGGCACAGCAGGAGCCGAGGACUCAGCAGGAAGAGCCAGGACUUUGUCACACACAGAUUGGGAGGGUAUAAAAGUUCAGUGUUUCCUUUGUUUAGGUCCCUCCUCGGAGGCACAAGCUCAAGCUGUUCUUGUGUUAUUGUGCUUUUAAUAAGUUGCUUUAAGGAACCAAACUUUUGAGGCUCUGCUAAGGAAAACCCAGGCUCAAGACGGUAAGAAUAUCUGGUCUGAGCGUGUGUGCAGGGUGUGUAGGAAGUCAAGUGGGGCACCCAUCAGUUCAGUGGAGCCACCUGCUGAGAAGGGGCUUUGGUCCCAGCAGUUAAGGUCUCUGGGAGUGGGAGUGUGACUGCCAGAGUGCCUCCUAAAUGGUCAGUCAGGAAAGUUUCCUUUACACUCUUUCAGAGGGGAGGUUAUUCUGGGAUAUACCAAGGCUUAAAUUACACAGCAAGGGCCUCCUUUAACUAACUUCAGUUUCAUUCCAGGCACAUUGCUGUACCUGCUGUCCCCACUACACAGGACUUCUCCCAACCCUGCUGCUUGUGUGUCCAGUGUUUCAUUGAGGUAACAAAAUCAGUUUUGGUUCCUGUAACUUAGGGCACCUAAGAGAGGCUGACACCCCAUAUAUUUGUUAAAAGCUUCAGACUUUUCUUACAUAAGCAAAAGAACAAAGAUCAGCUCAAGCAAAUUCUCUGUUUGCUGGGAAUCAGAGCAAUAAGGAGAAUGUCCCUUGGGUUACUGUAUUACCUAAAACCUUGGCUUUUGCUAGUGCACUCAUUAUGGUGAGAGUUGCCUGUAUGAAUACUGAUAGUUUGUAUGUGUUUGCUGGUUUUAGAUAGGACCCUGAACAAGCCCCUGCGAGCUUUCACCUCCCAUGUUUGCAUUUUGAUAAACUUCUGCAGGGUGCGGGAUGGGAGAUCCUGGAAGCAAAUGACUGCAUCCCUUUUCUGCUAUUUCCUCCUGCAGCUUCAUAGCCAACUGCAACAAAAGCAUUCAGCGAUGGCACUGGGAUCUGAACGUGCAACUGCGGAUCCCUUAAGUCAGGUGGACUCAGGUAGAAUCCAGAAAUCGUCUAGUCUCAGCCAGGACGCGGGAGCGAUGUCGCAACAACUCCUCUACCGAGCUCUGGUGUCUGCAAAAUGGCUUUCAGAAGCCAUCAAGUCCCAGCAAGCUGGCCUAGCCUUAAGAAUCGUGGAUGCAUCCUGGUAUUUGCCGAAGAUGAAGCGUGAUCCGAAGCGAGAGUUUGAGGAGCGCCACAUCCCUGGUGCAGUUUUCUUUGACAUUGACCAGUGCAGUGACCGAACCUCGCCUUACGAUCACAUGCUGCCCAAGGCUAAUGACUUUGCUGAGUAUGUGGGGAAGCUGGGUGUGGGGAAUGAUUCCCAUGUUGUGGUGUAUGAUGGCAGCGACCAAGGUCUCUUCUCAGCACCCCGGGUGUGGUGGAUGUUCCGUGUCUUUGGACAUGAAGCUGUCUCCCUUCUGGAUGGUGGCCUGAAGAACUGGCAGCGAGAGGGGCAUGCACUUAGCUCUGGGAAAACCCAGGUAGCUCCAUCUGAGUUCCAUGCCACCUUGGACAAGUCCCUGGUGAAAACAUAUGAGGAUGUCUUAGAUAACUUGGAUUCCCAUCGCUUCCAACUAGUGGAUGCCCGUGCUGCAGGACGGUUCCGGGGAGUAGAGCCAGAGCCCCGAGAUGGAAUUGAGCCUGGUCAUGUCCCUGGGUCGACGAGUAUCCCCUUCACUGAUUUCCUCACAGAGUCUGGCUUAGAGAAGACGCCUGAGCAGAUCCGCACUCUGUUCCAGGAGAAGAAGGUGGACCUCCUAAAGCCGGUGGUAGCCACUUGUGGCUCUGGAGUCACAGCGUGCCACGUGGCUCUGGGGGCCUACCUCUGUGGCAAGCCAGAUGUCGCAGUGUACGACGGGGCCUGGGUGGAAUGGUACAUGCGGGCACAGCCUGAAAAUAUUAUUUCUGAGGGAAAGGGGAAAACAGUGUAAUAAGCUGCACUGUUUCCCAGCUGUGCAUGUAGCUUGCCUUGAAACAGGAUUUGGAAAGGAUGGGUUUAGCAUUCCUGGUUAAGUGUCUUGCGAUGAAGGCAUUGGAUAACAAUCAUGCGCACACGGUGCUUCGGUGCUUCGGCACUUUGUCCUUACCCUGCCGCUGCUUAAGAGGAUGAAGAUGACAGCAGUUUUGGGCAGCCAGCUCUAGGUGACCUCACUUGAGCAGAUAGGGUAGAGCAGAUGUCCUCCCAAAGUCACUUCCAACCUCAGCCAUUCUGUGAUUCUGUGACCAUUUCACCGUAUCAGAUGGACGGCAGAGAGUGCUGCUGCCAGCAUAGGGAACUGAGUUAAGCCAAGCUCCUGACUCAAAACAUUCAGUCACGUUCAUUCAUAUUCACUGGGGUGGUCACACUUUUAUAUAAAUGUGCCUCAUAAUCUGGCUCUCUGCUGCUGUCCCACCCAAGCACAUUAUGGCCAUUUUGUGUGCAAAACUUUGUGGAAAGAGAUGGCUGUUAAAGGAGCAAAUAUGGCAUUCAGGUUGGCACUUAGGCUAGAGGCUUGAUUUGUAUUUCUUCUCGUACUUGGGCUCUAACUACUGUGUGUACUUAGCCAGCCUUGUAGCCCCAUGGUCCAAAAUCCCCUUUGAGAAAAAGAAAAUAUUCUGGGAUUUAAACAAUGUAAAUAAACAUGUUUCAAGGUCAUUCUGCUGAAUGGAA